AUGUCUUCCAUACUAGACCAAGCAUCAGACUUUGGUGAAAAACUACUCCCAUACUUGACCAAAUGGUACAGUAUUGUAUUUAUCAUUUUAUUAACUUAUAUCCCAUUAUUAAACAUAAGAAAUGCUUAUGUUGGUUGGAAAUUGGGUUGUCAAGAUCCACCAAAAUUCCGUAAAGCUGGAUUCACUGGUGUAUUUGCUUUGAUUGAAGCGGUCAAAAAGAAGAAUCAAGGUAGAUUAGUUGAUUGGGGUGAUGAACAAUUUGACGAGUACCCAAACCACUCAAUGUACUUGAAUGUUACUGGUUUAUUAAAAAUUGUGUUGACUGUCGAUCCUGAAAAUAUCAAGGCAGUAUUGGCCACUCAAUUUAAUGAUUUUUCAUUAGGUACAAGACAUGCUCACUUUGCUCCACUUUUGGGAGAUGGAAUUUUUACUUUGGAUGGUAAUGGAUGGAAAGAUUCUCGAGCAAUGUUGCGUCCACAGUUUGCUAGAGAACAAAUUGCCCACGUCAAGUCUUUGGAACCACAUUUGCAAAUUCUUGCCAAACACAUUAAAUCUACCAAUUUCCAAACUUUUGACUUGCAAGAAUUGUUUUUCAAGUUUACAGUUGACACUGCUACUGAGUUUUUAUUUGGAGAAUCAGUCCAUUCUUUGUAUGAUGACAAAUUAGGUAUUGCUCCACCAAAUGACAUUCCUGGAAGAGAACAUUUUGCUGACGCAUUCAACAAGUCUCAGAAGUACCUUGCUACUAGAACGUAUUUGCAAAUGUUUUAUUUCCUCAUUAACCCCAAGGAAUUCAGAGACUGCAACAAAAAGGUGCAACAUUUGGCUCAAUAUUUUGUCAACAAGGCCCUUAAUUUUACCCCAGAAGAAUUGGAAGAGAAAUCGAAGGAUGGUUACAUUUUCCUCUAUGAAUUGGUUAAACAAACCAAGAACCCACAAGUUUUGCAAGAUCAGUUAUUAAAUAUUAUGGUUGCAGGUAGAGACACUACAGCUGGAUUGUUGUCAUUCACCAUGUAUGAAUUGGCAAGAAACCCUCAAGUUUGGCAAAAAUUGAGACAAGAAAUUGUUGAAAACUUUGGCGACGGUGAAGAUGCAAGAGUUGAAUCGAUAACUUUUGAAACUUUAAAGAAAUGUGAAUACUUGAAAGCAGUACUUAAUGAAACCCUCAGAUUGUAUCCAUCCGUUCCUGUCAACUUCAGAACAGCCACUAGAGACACUACAUUACCUCGUGGUGGUGGUGCUGAUGGUACCAAACCAAUCUUUGUUCCUAAGGGAUCAACCGUUGCAUACACCGUUUACAAAACCCAUAGAUUGGAGGAGUACUAUGGAAAAGAUUCGAAGGAGUUUAAACCAGAAAGAUGGGAAAAUAUCAAGAGAUUGGGUUGGGCAUAUUUGCCAUUCAAUGGUGGUCCACGUAUCUGUUUAGGACAACAAUUUGCUUUAACUGAAGCUAGUUAUGUUGUUGCUAGAUUGGUGCAAAUGUUUCCAACUUUGGAAUCCCAAGACGAUACCUAUCCACCAAAGAAAUGUGUUCAUUUGACAAUGAACUUGGAUGAGGGUGUCUUUGUUAAAAUGAAGUAG